AUGUGUAUUUUCAAAGUUGUAUUUUUAUUAUUUUGCACUUUAUUUAUCUGUGCAUCUUCAGCACACAUAAAAGGCCAAUUUUCUACAAAAGAGUUUUUUAAGUUCCUAGUUAAAUUCGGAUUCCAAAAAACAGAUAUCCAUUUCCAAAAGGAAACAUAUGGGUAUAUAUUUGGGAAUAUUACCUCGAAUGAACAUUUUAAAUAUCCUAUCACAUUCGCUGUUUUAGAUAGAAGACAUUUUAUUCACUAUUACAAAAACAGGGAUAUUAUCGAUAAAGAAGCUGCUUGCCAGAUUAUGUUCCAAAAUUUGAACAUAUCUGCUUAUCAUCCGAAAUGUAACGUAUGUGGUCAGGAUUUAUUUAGACGGAUCCCAUGUACGAAAGGAAAAUUAUGUAUAGAUGAAGAUACACCAUGGAAUGUUAUUAGAAAUAAUCAAUUUACUUAUGUGAUUCAAAAUACAGGCCAACCAAGAUUUUGGUAUAUAUCAAUGGUGUCAUGUUAUUUGGAUGAAGCAACAUGUUCAUGGCACCAUUACACAGGAGCACCUUCAAUGGAUAAUAAAACAUUAACAAACUCACCACAGAAUAUUGACUAUGAUUUCUGGCUUGUUAAUGGAAGUCCAAACACGUCUUUAUUUAAUACACUGGUUUAUCAAUUCUCAUUUGACAGACAAAAUACACUGGAAUUAUAUUUGUUAUUCUGGCUGUGCUAUGUUAUUUUGGUGCCAGUGCAGAUAUAUGCUAUGAGGACCCAACAACAUCCAGUGACAAAAUUGUUUACAUUCAGCCUUAUUUUAGAGUUCAUUGCAUUAUGUUUCAAUGUUUUGCACACUGUUAAAUUUGCAGCGGAUGGUAUAGGAUUUGAAAAUUUGUCUGUGGCUGGAGAUAUAAUUGAUAUCAUGAGCAGGACACUGUUUAUGCUACUGCUACUAUUAUUAGCCAAGGGGUGGGCUGUAACCAGGUUGGAAUUAACAUACAAACCUCUCGUGUUUGGAGUUUGGCUUGCAUAUGGAAUAGUUCAUAUAUUGCUUUAUGUUUGGAACACAACGGAAGUGGAUAUUAUAGAAGAAAUUGAUGAGUAUCAAACAUGGCCAGGCUGGUUGAUUCUCACAUUGCGCGUUGUUAUUAUGGUGUGGUUCAUUCUGGAGCUUCGAAACACAAUGAUAUAUGAGCACAACAUAACCAAGCUCAAUUUCCUAUUACAUUUCGGCGCAUCGAGCCUGGUUUGGUUCGUUUACUUGCCGAUCAUAGCUCUAAUAGCAUUACAAAUCAGUCCUCUGUGGAGGUUCAAGUUUUUACUAGGUAUAACGUACUCAGCGGAUUGCCUCGCCUUUUGUGUCAUGGCGCAUUUGCUUUGGCCGACACGCUCCGAGCAGUACUUACUUCUAACCUCUUCAGACUACACAGCGAACAUAGAAGAGCUAGAUGAAUUCAAUGAAUCACCACACGUGGUGCACAGUGACACGAUCGCGCUCACUACUGCGGUGAGCGUCAACGCGGACGAUGAAGAAGUGAUAUUUACUCGUCCGCCACAAAAGAACGGAACGGCGUUCUCAUAG